AUGUCAGCACAAAAAUGUAUAUUCAUCUUGUUCUUCGUUUUAGUCGCAGGAAAAGAAGCUAUUGGAGACUUGCUGCUAGAUUUAGACAAGGAGGUACUCCUUGGCCUUAGAUCAUUUCUUGAGAAAGGGAAUACGAUGAAUCAAAAAUACUUCAACGAAUGGGACCCACAAUCUUCAUCACCAUGCACGUGGCCCGGAAUAUCUUGCUCUGCCAACCGAGUCACUGGAAUAAACCUCUCAAAUCGUAGCAUAGUUGGAAACGUGUUCACCAACUUCUCGGCCUUAACCAUGCUUACCUACCUUGACUUGUCAACAAAUAACAUUGCGGGCACCCUUCCUGCUGACUUGGGCAACUGUCAAAACCUCAAAGUGUUGAAUCUAUCACAUAACUUGAUUAAUGGCGAGCUUAACUUAAACGGGCUACAAAGUUUGGAAGUUCUGGAUUUAUCUGUCAACAGACUCUCUCGGAACAUUUCCAUGAGUUUUCCAGCGAUUUGCAAUAGCUUGGUGGUUGCUAAUCUCUCUGCAAACAAUUUCUCAGGUGAAAUUGGACCAUCUAUCAAUGAGUGUUCAAAGUUGGAGUAUGUCGACUUCAGCAACAACUUUUUGACUGGAAACUUGUGGUUUGGUUUUCAUAAGUUUAAGGAGUUUGCAGUGUGUGAAAACCAGUUAAACGACACACUACCAACAUGGCUUUUCCCCGAGAAUUGUAGUUUAGAGAAACUCGACCUGUCUGAAAAUGCUCUCACAGGUGAAGUCCCUAACCAGAUUUCAAAUUGCAAGAAUUUAACAAUCUUGAACCUUUGGGGAAACUAUUUUUUUGGGAGAAUUCCUGGAGAGCUUGGACUGAUAACAAAUCUUCAACAGAUUUUCUUAGGAAACAAUACGUUUGAUGAUGAAAUCCCGGAUUCUUUACAAAAUUUGAAGAAGUUAGAGUUCUUGGAUCUAAGCAAAAACUAUUUUGGAGGUGAAAUACAGAGUAUUUUUGGCCGUCUCACACAAGUGAAAACGCUUCUUCUUCAUUCAAAUAUCUACACCGGCGGGUUAUUGUCAUCUGGAAUACUUAGCCUGCCAAAUGUUUCAAGUCUAGACUUGAGCUACAACAAUCUGUCUGGUGAAUUGCCAGUCGAAUUUUCUCAAAUGGCAAAUCUGAAGUACUUAUUUCUAGCAAACAACCAAUUCUCUGGAAGCAUACCUUCAGAAUUCGGAAAUAUGCAAGGACUACAAGCUCUUGAUCUCUCUAAUAACCAACUAACCGGACCAAUCCCUCCUACUUUAGGACAAUUAUCAUCUCUCUUAUGGUUAAUGAUCAGUAACAAUUCAAUAGCGGGUGAAUUGCCACAAGAGUUGGGUAACUGUAGCAGCUUGUUGUGGCUAAAUCUUCAAGACAACCAACUUACUGGUCCAAUUCCACCCGAGUUGAUCAACGUAGGGAAGAACGCGACUCCAACUUUUUUAGUCAACAGAGAUGAUAAUCUUAUUGCAGUUUCUGGAGAGUGCUCAACAUUGCGAAGAUGGAUACCUGGAGAUUACCACCCAUUUAGUUUUGUGUAUACACUUCUUACCAUGAAGAAGUGUAGGAGUUUAUGGGACAGUAUACUAAAAGGAUAUGGUGUAUUUCCGGUUUGCCUCCCCGAGUCCAACAUUCGAGUACAAGAGAUUUCAGGAUUUAUUCAACUCAGUGGAAAUAGGUUAUCAGGGGAGAUACCGCCGGCUAUUGGGAAAAUGAGUGGCUACAGCAUGUUGCACUUGGGAAGAAAUGAAUUUUCAGGUACACUUCCUGAUGAAAUUGGGACUAUGACACUCGUGGUGCUAAAUGUUUCUCAGAACAAGUUCUCGGGUCAGGUUCCUACUCAGCUUGGAAAUCUGAAGUGUUUGAGGAACCUUGAUUUAUCAUACAACAAUUUUUCUGGUGUAUUUCCAACAAGCUUGAAUAACUUGACAGAUUUGAGCAGCUUCAAUGUAUCCUACAAUCCGUUUAUAUCUGGCUACAUUCCAGAAACAGGACAACUAGCCACUUUCGAGAUAUGGUCAUUCUUGGGUGACCCUUUGUUACGUUUGCCUUCUUUCAUCACCAAUUCAACAAAUAGUUCAUUAUCGACAAGUGAUGAGAGAUCAACACAACAAAAGUGGGGUGCACUUUUUGUUUUCAUCUUUCUAUUGCUAGCAUUCUUUGUGUGUGGAAUGAUGACUAUCCUAAUUUGCAAGGCAACCAAGACAACCGCAGGCCAACCACAACAUCUUCUGAGGGAAAUAAAGAUGGGAAAUGGAUAUGAUGACUCUUCGCCAUGGUUAUCAGACGCAGCAAAGGUAAUUCACUUAGAUAAGACUGCGUUCACUCAUGCAGAUAUUUUAAAUGCCACGGGGAACUUUUCAAAUGAUAGAAUUGUAGGCAGGGGUGGUUAUGGAACGGUUUACAGGGGUGUAUUGCCAGACGGGAGGGUAGUUGCGGUCAAAAAGAAGCUAAGAGAAGGUUUAGAGGGAGAAAAAGAGUUUAAAGCCGAAAUGGAAGUACUAUCUGGAAAUGGCUUCGGAUGGCCUCACCCGAACCUAGUUACACUUUAUGGGUGGUGCUUAGAUGGAUCAGAAAAACUUCUUGUUUAUGAGUACAUGGAGGGUGGUACCUUGGAAGAUCUAAUUCAUGAUCGGGUCGGGUUCCCAUGGAGACGAAGAAUUAAAGUUGCAAUCGACAUAGCUCAUGCUUUGGUGUUCUUACACCAUGAGUGUCAUCCUCCAAUUGUUCAUCGAGACGUAAAAGCUAGCAAUGUGUUACUAGACAAAAAAGGGACAGCUCGUGUGACAGAUUUUGGUUUGGCCCGUGUUGUUGAUGUUGGUGGGAGCCACGUUAGCACAAUGGUGGCGGGGACAAUUGGAUAUGUGGCACCAGAGUAUGGUCAAACAUGGAAAGCUACCACCAAAGGUGAUGUCUAUAGCUACGGUGUGUUAGUGAUGGAGCUAGCAACAGGGAGGCGGGCGGUGGAAGGAGGAGAGUAUUUGGUGGAAUGGUCAAGAAGGGUGAUGGGGUGGCGGUCCAUGACUCCCGUGUCCCUCUUGGCAUCAGGAUUAGCAGAGGGGGCAUCAGAAAUGCGUGAGUUGUUGCGGCUGGCAGUAAGGUGCACUGCUGAUGCACCUCAAUCCCGACCGGAUAUGAAGGAGGUGCUAGAUAAACUGGUUCAAAUUUCAGUUAGGUCCAAGGGACAUUAGUUACUGGAAUGUAAG